GUUGUUUGCCACUUCAACCCUGCCACCUGCUCCUUCAAUUCCCUCCCCUCGCCCUGCUCCGAGCAAGAAUUUGUCUGAAAAAACCCAGCGCCGUCUGCGCCAUGGCUUCGGAGCAUGUGAUCGGAAAGCUCAGCAUCCGCGUCGUGCGGGGACAAAACCUCGUCAUCGCCGACUCGCUCACCAAAACCAGCGACCCCUACGUCGUCCUCUCCUGCGGCUCCGAGAAGGUGAAGACUAGUGUUCAGAAGAAGACUGACAAUCCUCUAUGGAAUGAAGUACUGCUGCUCCCUGUUAUAAAUCCUAUAACGCCAGUGAGACUUGAGGUUAUCGACGAGGAUAAAUUCACAAGCGAUGACAGCUUGGGAGUGGCUGAAUUCAAUGUAACAGACAUCUAUGAUGCCGCAAAGCUGGACCUGAAGCAUGCCUCUGACGGAACAAGGGUCAAAACGAUCUACCCAGUUGGCACAAACUACCUUGGUGGUGAGAGCCACGUCUCGUGGAAGAAUGGCAAGGUCGUCCAAGACUUGAUUCUGAAGCUGAAGAACGUUGAAAGUGGCUCUGUCGUGCUGCAGCUGGAGUGGGUUCACGUCCCUGGCGCUACGCUGUAAGCUGUUCCUGACUGAAUGUUAUUGCAACCUGGUUUCUUGAAGCUACAGCUAUGGUUGGUACAUGUUCCCGGCGUCACAUUUGUAAACAGUGUCUGGAUGAUCGGUUUGCAUUGUAUGAGACGGUUUGUGCGCUGUUGAUUUCACUGUGAUGUGUGCACUGUAUUUGUACUACAUCCUGAUCCUGGUGUGGUUGUGAAUUUGUGUUUGAGGCGAACAAAUAAGAAACUACACCAUUUGUGGCUGCUGUA